UUGGAUGCAGGGCAGAUGAUGCCAUGGCUGUUUGCGCUCAUAGUUUUCUCGUGUAUCAUUGCUGAAGGCUACACCAACCCUCAUGGUGUCGAUCAACUUCACUGCAUCUUUAACCACAACGAGGAUGCCUGUCGUUAUGGGAUUGGCAUUGGUGUGGUCGCCUUCUUGGCCUGCAUAUUCUUCUUCAUGGUUGACAUCUACUUCCCACAAAUUAGCAAUGCCACUGAUCGCAAGUACCUCAUUAUGGCUGAGUUGGGCUUUUCAGCUCUUUGGACCUUCCUGUGGUUUAUUGGGUUCUGUGUGCUGACAAACCAGUGGGUAUCAACAGACCUCACGGAUGUACAUAUUGGAGCAGAUUCUGCCCGCGCUGCAAUUGCAUUCAGCUUCUUCUCCAUUUUCUCGUGGGGGCUCCUGAUUGCCUUUGCCCUUCAACGGUACCGCAUGGGGGUACAGGACUUUGACCACAGCUACAUAGACCCGGCUCCAGGUCCGACACCCCCCUAUUCCAGCUACCCCAAUGCCAGCCAUGAAAGCUACCAGCAGCCCCCCUUCACUCACCCUGGGGAGGGCUCUGAGGGCUACCAGCCCCCACCUGUGUACUAAGACUACUGUUCAGAGCAAGGGUAUAGCCACAUAAGUGCAAUGGAUUCACUGCUUGGGUUGGGGGGAAACGCCUCUGUGAAGAGUCAGGGCGCCACGCUGUGUGUGUUGUGUGCAUAAUAGGUUCUGGGGUAUUCCUACAAUUCCUUCCCCUUUGCUGAAAAUGCUUUCUUUCUCUCAGGGGGGUGGGAGGCUUUCUUGCUGGCCUUCAAAUGACUUGAAAGAUGUAACCACUGCUGAACCUAUAUAGAGGAACACUUUUCUGUUGAAAGAGUGGGCGAAGGCAUCUCUCUUUGUUGUUGCAACCAACUCUCAUAGAUAGGAGCUGGAGCCUUUGCCCAACACAAGAGGGGGAAAUGCCAUUCUUUUCUACUGUCCGUGGCCCCAAUGGGAUCCCCUGCUCGUGCCAGUCAAGCAUUUCUGCCUUUCUACUUGGUGCCAUUACAUCCGUGCCUUUCGCGAGCUCCUUGGUACUGUCCCAGCCCCUGGGUCGGGGGUCAGUUCCCACAGCUCCUACAGCGUUGCCUUUCUAGACUUGAGUAAUACAUUCGCAGUGCCUUCCUUACAUGUGCUGUUGGGUAACUCCUGGAUGCCAAAGCCCAAAGGUACUCCUAAUUUCUAAGAAUGUGUGUAGGAAGAUUUGAACUUCCUUUGUGCAUUACAGACAGAUAUGUGUGCCUUUCCGGAUUAUCGGUUUAUUUCAGUCUUGAUUGAGGAGGGAGGGUCCAGGCUCACCGAAGCCUGUACUGAUUGCAUCUCUUUCUCUUAAAGAGUCUAAUAGGGAGUUGCAGAUUGCUGAGGGAGGGCUGUGCUGUCUUCUCUACUGGGGUGGGGUGGGGUCUCACCUGUACCCGCUGACCUUCUCUGGAUGCUUGCCAAACCUUUCAGAGGCAGCUGUGCUUUUUGCAUCCUUCUCCCUUUUUGCAAGGGAGCUCUACAAGGUUGCUGCAUUUUUUUUAACUGCACCGUAGGAAGCUGUACAAUGAUUCAAAGGUGUUUUAAGUUUGUUAUUGUAGAAAUAAAGCUGGUAACUCCCA